CAAUCGCAGACAAAGGCCGCCCCAGUGAAUCAUGUGGUGCCGGGGGAGGAAGUGCGGCUUGUUUUCUUUCCUCCAGGCUCGGGGCUGCAGACUGAGCGCGAUGCGCGGAGACCCCCGCGGGGGCGGCGGCGGCCGUGAGCCCCGAUGAGGCCGGAGCGCCCCCGGCCGCGCGGCAGCGCCCCCGGCCCGAUGGAGACCCCGCCGUGGGACCCGGCCCGCAACGACUCGCUGCCGCCCACGCUGACCCCGGCCGUGCCCCCCUACGUGAAGCUCGGCCUCACCAUCGUCUACACCGUGUUCUACGCGCUGCUCUUCGUGUUCAUCUACGUGCAGCUCUGGCUGGUGCUGCGCUACCGCCACAAGCGGCUCAGCUACCAGAGCGUCUUCCUCUUUCUCUGCCUCUUCUGGGCCUCCCUGCGGACCGUCCUCUUCUCCUUCUACUUCAAAGACUUCGUGGCGGCCAAUUCGCUCAGCCCCUUCGUCUUCUGGCUGCUCUACUGCUUCCCCGUGUGCCUGCAGUUUUUCACCCUCACGCUGAUGAACUUGUACUUCACGCAGGUGAUUUUCAAAGCCAAGUCAAAAUAUUCUCCAGAAUUACUCAAAUACCGGUUACCCCUCUACCUGGCCUCCCUCUUCAUCAGCCUUGUUUUCCUGUUGGUGAAUUUAACCUGUGCUGUGCUGGUAAAGACAGGAAACUGGGAGAGGAAGGUUAUCGUCUCCGUGAGAGUGGCCAUUAAUGACACGCUCUUCGUGCUGUGUGCCGUCUCACUCUCCAUCUGUCUCUACAAAAUCUCUAAGAUGUCCUUAGCCAACAUUUACUUGGAGUCCAAGGGCUCCUCCGUGUGUCAAGUGACUGCCAUCGGUGUCACCGUGAUACUGCUUUACACCUCUCGGGCCUGCUACAACCUGUUCAUCCUGUCAUUUUCUCAGAACAAGAGCGUCCAUUCCUUUGAUUACGACUGGUACAAUGUAUCAGACCAGGCAGAUUUGAAGAAUCAGCUGGGAGAUGCUGGAUACGUAUUAUUUGGAGUGGUGUUAUUUGUUUGGGAACUCUUACCUACCACCUUAGUCGUUUAUUUCUUCCGAGUUAGAAAUCCUACAAAGGACCUUACCAAUCCUGGAAUGGUCCCCAGCCAUGGAUUCAGUCCCAGAUCUUAUUUCUUUGACAACCCUCGAAGAUAUGACAGUGAUGAUGACCUUGCCUGGAACAUUGCCCCUCAGGGAUUUCAGGGAGGUUUUGCUCCAGAUUACUAUGAUUGGGGACAACAAACUAACAGCUUCCUGGCACAAGCAGGAACUUUGCAAGACUCAACUUUGGAUCCUGACAAACCAAGCCUUGGGUAGCAUCAGUUAACAGUUUUAUGGACGAUUCCUCAGACGAAAAGCUUCAGAAAAGUGUAGUGACAGCUGAAUUUUUAGGGCACUUUUCCUUACGAAAUAGAACUUGAUUUUUAUUUGUUACAGGUUUCCAAUGGCUCCAUAGGACUAAGCAAUAAUGUAGAUUGAUAAACCCUUAUUUUAGUACUAAAGAGGGAGCCUUGCUAUUUCAGUGGGUAUAAUUUAAACUUUUUAAAGAAAAUCUGUACUUUUAUAAAGAUGUAUUUUGUAUAACUUAAAUAAUAAUGCUAAAGUAUACUAGGGUUUUUUUUUCUUGAGAAUGUUACUGCAAUUAUGUUGUAGUUUGCACAGACUUUUAUGCAUAAUUCACUUUAAAAAUAUAGAAUAUAUGGUCUAAUAGUUUUUUAAAGCUUUUGGACUAAAGUAUUCCUCAAAUCUUACCUCUUCAGGUCACUGAUGGUCACUCCGAUUCUGAGUGCCACACUGGUAGACUCCUAAAAUACAACUGACAACUUAGCCAAUUGCAACUCCAGUGUUGAUAGUUAAAAUGAAACGGUAAAGCAGCAGACUGUAAGGUCUUCAGAGAUUUUUUUUUUUUUUUUUUAAGGUUCGGGCAGUAGGUCCCUCAAAGAAUCUCUUAAGUUUUGCCCAAAGACUGGUACUUCCUUUCAGUAGGGCGCUAAUGUAUACACAUUAAUGAUGAUAAGUUGAUAACAUUAAAAAUGUAGCUGACUUAUCCUAUUAAACCUCCUCUGCUAUAUUCACAGAUUCUGCAUAGUUUUUUUUUUUUUUUUUUCAGCCUAAUGAAAUCUAAUAUGCAUUACCUCAGGGCCACAUCAAGAGUACACCCCUUUCCAACUCACUGAAUGUUCAUUACAUUCAAGGAGAAAAUAAGAGGGUCCAUAAAGAGCAUUAAUAACAAAUACCUGCUAAGACUAUGUGGUCUUACAAAUAAGAGCUAAGACUAUGGAAUCCUAAUAGUUUUUUCUGUAAUCUCCAACUAUAUUUAAAAUAAUGCCCUUACUUCUAAAUAGCUCUGUAAAGAGCCUGUUGGAAGCUGCACAUUUAAAAAUGGCAAUAGCACUGCAAUAUGCUGGAACAUGAUGCCUGUCAGCCAUGUUCCAGACAAUUCCUUGUAAGUCAUCUUUCAUUUAAGUAAAAAACAUGUUACGAAAUACUACCUCCCAGACCAGAAGUGCCAUUCUAAAAACUCCACUAUAUAUAUCCUGGAGCCAUAAAACUGCCUAUUGGGAGGCUAAAUGCUCUGCUUUUCUAUAAAACAGAGAUAAGGUUCUAGAGGAAGUACUGUUACCAGAAACAAGGCACGUUUCUUCUCUGCUUAGGAAUGCUCAUCUGGGGACAGAGGGAAGGUCCAAUGAAAAGGAACUUAUAUUAACAAGUCCUGCUACAUGAUGCAACCCAUUUCAGAUGACUUCUCAUUUUCAUCUUCAGGAAUAACUGAUCUCUGGGCAUUGAUUUCACAGAGAUGAAGUCUACUAUUGUUUUGGUAGUAUUUGAAAUUGGGAUCUCAAGUUUCAAAUCGAUCAUCAUUGGGCUUUUCAUUUGUAUAGAACACCUUCACUCUGCAUAAUCCUACAUAACAACAUUCUCGUCUUUCAGUACAUGAAAAAAUUGGGGUAACAUAGCAUUUAAAGUAGUUGUCAGGGAAAAUUCUACACUGAAGUGAACCCUACACUGUUAUUCAAGUUACCUUAACACAUUAUAAGCUAUUAUUCUAAAUAGCUUUAACAGAUUAUUGUGGUCACACUGUAUUACUAAUACUUAAUUUAAAGGCAGACUCAGCAUGUUUUAAACUCCUUUAAGUUACAUCUUCAGAAAGUCCUACAGUCCUUCAGUAUUUGGUCAGCUAAGGGAAGAUAUAUUUUUAAAAAUAGUGAUAAGACUAUCACUAAUGUCAUACUCAUCCUGUAAUAUGUAAACACAGUUCUGUUGUUACUGGCAGAAAAAUUGGAAUACCCAGCAUUAACUGAUAGAAGUCAAUCUACUUUUAUGAUGAAGCUACUGGGAUUUAUUUGAACUAUUAUUUUUGUUGGAUAGUAUAAAAAUGUUCUAAGUGCCUAUUUUUCUCAUUCCCCUUUUAAAAAUGUAAUAAUGCUAAAAUUUCUAGAAGUGUUCUAAACACAGAAUACAAAAAAACUAUGAUUGGUUACAUCGAACUCCUCUGUUAGGAAAAUUAAAAUUCCCUUUGGCUUUCUAAUUUACUUGUUCUGCUAGGUACACUAACGAAACAACUCCUUAUGGCCAGGCACGGUGGCUCAUGCCUGUAGUGCCAGCACUUUGGGAGGCUGAGGCAGGAGGAUCACGAGGUCAGGAGAUAGAGACCAUCCUGGCUAACACGGCGAAACCCCGUCUCUACUAAAAAUACAAAAAAAUUAGCCGGGCGUAGUGGCGGGUGCCUGUAGUUCCAGCUACCCAGGAGGCUGAGGCAGGAGAAUGGCAUGAACCCAGGAGGCAGAGCUUGCAGUGAGCGGACAUUGUACCACUGCACUCCAGCCUGGGCAACAGAGUGAGACUCAGUCUCAAAAAAAAAAAAAAAAAAAAAAAAAAAAACUACUUAUGUAGAAUAUUAAAUGCUAAGAGGAAACGGAAUGGUGAUUACUGGUUGCAAAAUACCCAAAUGUCCUUUUGUUUUAAAGCAACACGAUGAAAUUAAAGCCCUGAUGAUUAGAAAGUUAAAGUGUAUGGGGAAGGGGGAAUCACUGAAAAUUUUGUGCCACCAUUUAGCUAAGUCUGAUGUGACACUGAAAAGUUUCAUGUGAACAUUUCUGGGUAACUAUUGGAAAUAGUUUCUCUGACUAUUGGAAUAGGUGUCUACCUCUGCAGCUAAUUGUCUAAGAAUAUUUUAUAGAUAUUUUUCAUUGGCUCUUUAUCCUUUUUACAAUGAACUCAGUUGAGCUGCUGAUUAAAACAUCUAGAGUAUGUUACACACAGUUGUGACUGUAGGAAGGUUUGACUAUUACAAUAUACAUAUUUAUGCCAAUUCUCUCUUGAAUGUAUCAGGCAAAUUAAAAGCUUUGCUGGUUAAAUUUAGCUGCUUAGAUCAGGCACACUCACUAAUGCCUCCUCAAAUUUCCUCUUUCACCAAAAUCCAAGUCAACUGCUCUUUGUUGACCUUAGUGCUGGGCCAACACCUAGUUGAACAUGGAAACCUUAUUAAGAAGAAAGGAAUACAUAUUAGUAAACCCUAGAACUUGAGAAGCACUGUGAGAAAAAAGUUCUCAUUUUUAUAUUUACAUACUGGAUAUUACUUGCUUUUAUCUUUUAACAGUAAAGGUAAACUUAUAUUAGAACUAAAUGGGUCUAAAUAUUUGAAACUUUUAUCGAUAUUUCCAACCAGACAAACUUUAGAAAAUACCAUUCUUUCACUUUAGAUUGUUGCAUGAUGAAGAAUAGACUAGCAUAGAUCUGAGCAGAGACACAUCUAAUAUGCAUUCCCAGUUUUCUUCUUAUGUGAGAAUUGUAUUAAAGGACAUUUCUAACCGUAUAUCAUGCUACUUAAGACAUGGGUCCAGAUGGAGGAGCUGCUGAAAAGGAUCAGGCUAAAAUUGUGGAAUUCUUCUCAUCAAAAAGAUUCAAUUAAUAAACGGAUUAAAGUGAGGAAACAUUUAACAAGGAACAGUGAGGAUAGAGUGGGAUUCAAUGUCUAUUCAGUACCUAUUAUAUGUGAGACGCUAGACUAGGCACUUGUCCCAUUUCUGUGGAUCCUAGUCUAUACUCAGGAACACCCACAUAUUAACGUUACUCUAGGCCCUUAGCAAGGAUACAGGAAGAACUCUUGCACCAAGGGUCCAAAUAUGUUGAAGUCUUCUGAGGAUGUCCCUGUGCCCAUAACCUAGAUCUGUGUCAGAGUCCCUAUACCUGUUGCCCGGUUUCUAUGGGCCAGGACACUGAACUCCAUUCAUUCCAUGUGGAGUUCUGAGAUUGGCUGCCCAGGUCAUUAAUUAUGGGUUCAGGGUCGUAAGCUCUAAAUCCAGUGACUCAGCAACUCCUAAUGACAUCUACCUGGUUCCUCCAAGUCUGGAUUCUCUACCUUUAGUCCUUGAGCUAUGGCUGGACCCUGUCUUCUGUUUUCUCAAACUGAUUAACAUCUUGCUAAUACUAAUUCUCUAGCUCCAAACCUGGUCUGCCCUUUUUGGACCUUGGAUGUCCUACCACUCAAAAUAUUAGACUUUCUAUGUCCAGAACAGAUUUUCUGCCCCUGAACUUGAGAUCAGAUGCCUAUAAGAUUCCCAAAAUUGCCCCCUUUUUCUAUUGAUUCCUGUUACUACGACCUUUUCCCCAUCAAUCGCACUAACCUACAACAGUCCCUCCAGUCUCUUGGCAGGCCCAAGUUACAGUGCUCCUUGAAUGGAUUAACUGCAUUAAUGGAUUAGCGUGCAUUUAUCCUAAACAAAUAGUGCUUUACCAGGGCCAUUAAAUAUGUGUAACUUAGUAUCCUUUGAGUGCUGUCUCCUUGGUGAAUUCACUAGCCAAGAGUCUGGGCUCCAGGUUUGCAGGUUUAAGCUCAUUAAAGGGAACAGAACACACACCCAUUUGGAGGUAUAUUCUAUGAAGGAAAGCCAUAGCGGAAGUUAAAUGAUACCAGAAUGUUGCUUGGAAUGUUAACUCCGCUCUGACCAGUGUUAGGGGAAUGACUUUAAUAGCCUCAUUCUAUGACAAUCUGACGGCAUUGUCAACACUAAGAUUCAUUCACGUUGAGGACACUUUCUGCACUAGAUAGGUGUCUAGUUGGCCAUUCCCCUUUGGUUGAUGUAUUUUUUCUUUUGGUGCAUUCUCACUACAAUCUAGGUAGGAUAUAAUGUCUUAAGUUAUAUGAUGGCAGGAAUGUUUGUCUGUUUUGUUCACUGCUAUAGUCCCAGCUCCUAUAACAGUGAAUGAAUAGUCAAAUCCUGUUUUUUGGUAGAUUUUUUUUUCAAAGUAACUUCUUGCACUUGCACUUUUAUCCACAUAUUGAUUUUACAAGUUUAUUACUCAUUUAAGGGUCUCUCCCUCUUGUCUUAUGAAUCUUUGACAGAUAUCCAACUUUUGGGCAAAUAAUUCAUAAUGGAAUAAAAAAAGAAAUAGGGACUUUACAUGAGAACAGUCCUUAAAUCAUUCCUAGAGACUAUCUUAAAAUAGAAGCACUGAGAUGACAUUGUGUCCACACAGGCAUUGCAUCCUUCCUCUAUCUGCCAUCACCUGUUUGGGCACUGCCAAAUAGAACACUGUAAUAAUUUAAAAGUAGUAAAAAGUGUAUCUUUAUUAGGUAAAGUAUCAAAAGAACAGUGACAAAAUAAGUGGUUAAAAGUGCAACCCUUGGGAGAGAACUUGAGUUGGACAGUUUUAGUAUGCUCUAUAUGUUAAGAAUUUUUUAAAGCUCAUAUGGAAAAAUAAGUACAGUUAGAAAAACUGUAAAAAAAAAAAAAAAAAAAAAGGUGGGGGGAGGAAUGAGGGAGGACCAAUGCACUAGAUUUAAACCAAAGCCUGAGUAAUUAAAACAGUGUGGUACUCUAGUGCAUGACUAAAUAGAGCAAUGAAAUAGAAACAGAUACAGAGAAAUAGAAGAAGCAGAUACAGAGCUAAAUACAUAUGGGGGUUCUAAGAUAAGAUUAAUGUAGCCUCUCAAACUCAUCAGGAAAAAACAAACAGUUCAAUAAACAAUAUUGGAACAACUGGGUUAAUCACCUGCAGAAAAAAUUAGGUUAGAUCCAUAACUUAUAUCUUAUGCCAGAAUAUACUUCAGAGGUUCAAAAUUUAGAUGUAGAAUUUAGGUGAAUUAUUCUAUUGCUCUGGAUUGAGAAAAACAUUCUAAUUACGACUCAAAAUCCAGAAACCACUAAAAAAUUGGUAAUUCGGACUACAUAAAAAUUUUUUAAAACUCAUAACAAAACCAUCAUAAGCAAAAGACAGAUGACAAAUUGGAAAGAAAAUAUUUGCAACUCAUUACUGUCAAAGCGUUCAUAUCCCUUAUAAAUAUCAAUGAUAUAGUAGAAAAAUGGACAGGAACAAAAUAUGGGAAACAAAAGGAAAUACAAAUGGCUCCUAAACAUAUUAAAAGCUGGUCAACCUUGGGCAUAAUAAAAAUUUACAUACUGAGCAGUAAGGUGUGUGGUGUGCACCUAUAAUCCAGCCUAUUUGGGAGGUUAAGGCUGGAGGAUCACUUGAGCCCACGAGUUUGAGGCUACGGUGAACUAUGAUCAUACCACUGCACUCCAGUCUGGGUGAUAACGUGGGACCCCGUCUCUUUUUUAAGAAAAAAAAAAAGGAAAAUAAAAGAAUGUACACAUUGAUAUAUAUUUUCAUCUAUCAGAAUGGCCAGAAUCCAACAUUUUAAUAACAUCUACAUUGGUAAUGUUGCAGGUUAGCAAGUACUAUCAUAAAUUUUAGAUGGUGUGUGAAUUGAUGACUACCCCUAUGAAGGACAAUAUGCCAGUAUCUUUCAAAAUUAUAAAUGCACACAGUCGUUGCCCCCAAAAUUCUUAUCUUUGGGAAUUUAUUCUACAGGUACAAUAUUUAUAUAAAUGUGAAAUGACAUAUGUACAAGGUCUGGAAACAACCCAGCUGCCCAUUAAUAGAGGAUGGGUUAAUUCAACACUGGCACAUUCACAUAACAGAAUACCAAGUAUCUACUUAAAAAAAUGAGGAAACUAUCUAGUCAUAUGUGAAGACUGCCAAGAAAUACUAGGUGAAAAAAAUGAAAUCAUAUGUAUAUGAUGUCAAUUUUUGAGUAAAAAUGAGAGAAAAAAAUAAGACUCUCCAUUUGUAUAUGUUUGUACCUGUCUACAACAGUGUGAAUGGAAACCUAAGAAACCAAGAGCACAGGCUAUUCAUGGUGGGAGAUGAGUGUGCAGUGGAGGAAGCUGGGCCAAGGACAGAGGAACACAUUCACUGAAUAACUUUUUAUAUUGUUUGUUUCUUUUAACCAUGUGAAUGUAUUACGUAUUCAAAAAAUUAAAUAAAAUAAGCAUUUUAUAAGCUUUA